CUCGAGGGCUAUGGAGAUUCGGUGAGCUCGGUGGCCUUCUCGGCGGAUAGCCAGCGGCUCGCCUCAGGCUCGCACGACAAGACGGUCAAGAUCUGGGAUGCAGCAACGGGCGCAUGCGUACAGACACUCGAGGGCCAUAGCAGUUUGGUGUUCUCGGUGACCUUCUCGGCGGAUGGCCAGCGGCUCGCCUCAGGCUCGGACGAUAACACGAUCAAGAUCUGGGAUGCAGCAACUGGCGCGUGCGUGCAGACGCUCGAGGGCCAUGGCGAUUCGGUGAACUCGGUGGCCUUCUCGGCGGAUGGCCAGCGGCUCGCCUCAGGCUCGCACGACACGAUCAUGAUCUGGGAUGCAGCAACGGGCGCAUGCGUACAGACACUCGAGGGCCAUAGCAGUUUGGUGUUCUCGGUGACCUUCUCGGCGGAUGGCCAGCGGCUCGCCUCAGGCUCGCACGACAAGACGGUCAAGAUCUGGGAUGCAGCAACUGGCGCGUGUGUGCAGACGCUCGAGGGCCAUUGCGAUUCGGUGUUCUCGGUGACCUUCUCGGCGGAUGGCCAGCGGCUCGCCUCGGGCUCGGACUCGGACGACAAGACGGUCAAGGUCUGGGAUGCAGCAACUGGCGCGUGUGUGCAGACGCUCGAGGGCCAUGGCGAUUCGGUGAGCUCGGUGGCCUUCUCGGCGGAUAGCCAGCGGCUCGCCUCGGGCUCGGACGAUAACACGAUCAAGGUCUGGGAUGCAGCAACGGGCGCGUGCGUGCAGACGCUCGAGGGCCAUGGCGAUGGGGUGAGCUCGCUAGCCUUCUCGGCGGAUGGCCAGCGGCUCGCCUCAGGCUCGGACGAUGACACGGUUAAGGUCUGGGAUGCAGCAACGGGCGCGUGUGUGCAGACGCUCGAGGGCCAUAGCGGUAUGGUAAGCUCGCUAGCCUUCUCGGCGGAUGGCCAGCGGCUCGCCUUGGGCUCGGACAAUAAUAUAAUCGAGACCUGGGAUACGGCAACGGGUGCGUGCGUGCAGACGCUCGAGGGCCAUGGCGAUUCGGUGAGCUCGCUAGCCUUCUCGGCGGAUGGCCAGCGGCUCGCCUCAGGCUCGGACGAUGACACGGUUAAGGUCUGGGAUGCAGCGACGGGCGCGUGCGUGCAGACGCUCGAGGGCCAUGGCGAUUCGGUGAACUCGGUGGCCUUCUCAGCGGAUGGCCAGCGGCUCGCCUCGAGCUCGUGGGAUAAGACGGUCAAGGUCUGGGAUGCAGCAACGGGCGCAUGCGUGCAGACGCUCGAGAUUGACCUGGUGGUUACUCACCUUUCAUUUGAUCCGAUGACAAACUCUCUCCUCUCUACCGACAUUAGAUUUCUGAACCUGGAUCUCCCGGCUCUACCGCCUGCCAUCGAUGAUCAGUCGACUGACGCAAUCUUAUGGGGUUUUUGCCACUCUGACUGGGGUAUAAGUACCGACGGUGUAUGGAUUGUAAAAGAUGGAAAGCGGAUGCUUUGGCUACCUCCAGACUAUCGAAUGAUGGCAAAGGCUCAGGUGGGAUCAACGGUCGCUAUCGGCUGCCGUUCAGGCCGUGUACUGGUGAUGAAGUUCUCUUAG